CGCGGCAAUAUUCGCGCCUGUUACGAACAGAUCCGAAUCAAAACACUAUGUAAGGAAGGGGAAAUGUGAAUGAUUCCACACUCGUGGCCAUUAUGACUCCGACCUUGAUCAUUGCAGUUAGCCUACUGGGAACAGUUCUCACGGCUUCUCUUUUCGCUUUGUUGUUGCUUAUUUGUACCAAACGGCGUUGCAGGAAAGCUGAAUUUUCACAACAGCAAUAUCAGUGAGUUUGAGUGUUAUGUAGUUUGUCAGUUGACUAGAGGAAUUAGGUUAGAUGCAGUGUUCCACCUGAUUGUGCUGGUUUUAAUUUUACUUACUUUUGCUAAUUUUGAUAGUUUAACGCUUAUGUUUGAUAGACCCUCGACUAAAUACAGGAAUUAUCGCAAAACUUUCAUAUAUGACUGGCAACUUUAAUUAAUGAGUCAGAGGAAUGAUUUGACACAGAGGGUGAUAGCAUAUUCCUAGAUAGCAAGAUCAUUUGCGAAAACGUCCGUACAAGAGGAUUAGUAAUGAAAUUGGACUUUUCACACCCUGUUUUAAGAAUCAAGAUCUCAAAAACGAUACCCUGCUUGGCACAUAAACCCACUUGGGACAAACAAGGGAAUCCCCCUCUCCCCUUCAAUACCAGGUAAUGAUUAAAAGAUCGGUAGUCCAGUUGCAGCAUAGAAUCGUAUACAGUACCACUUGUAUGUACCUCUGCAUCACACACGCACAUCAGAAAUCUCUUGCAUCGCACACACAAAACACGUACUCUGUGCGUAUUACUGCAUGUACCACACCUGUUCAUACGACUCAUACAAGGUAGAAUUUGGAUUAGUCCAACGUUCUUGAUUCUCUUCUCAGAACAAUUUUCCAUUGAUUGUUGCAAACCCAGACCCAAAGUAAUAUCAAUGGCCUGUCACUGACAGCAAAUUAGGGAAAAUGCCCAUAGGGCGAUGACGCUCUUUAAGUAAACUUUGUUAAGUGUAGGAAAACAUCAGUGACCUGGUUGUGAUUGGUGUAAGUUUUGCAUCUGAUUGGUUGACAGCAGGGUGCAAAUUUUUGUGACCAAUCACAGAGGGAAGUAAAGCAAAACUAAGAUGAUCCUAGAUGUAAAUUGCUUUUAACACUCAAUUUAAACUUUUCUUAUCAAUCUCAUCUGGAUAACUGACUGCUACGAUGCAGAGUGAAACAAGAUGGCUGAAAUUAUUCUGUGAUGCUUUUAGGGGUAUUGAAGAUCUUGAAGUAUUGAUUAAAACAGCUCAGGUUGUUGCCACACCUGGAGUGGACUGUACUCCUUGCUAGUGAUUGAGAUUACUGAAAAGAUUAUGCAGAACUUUAUUCAAAUAGUGAUCAGUUGAUUUUUGUAUAAAAUGUUUCAGGAAAUAAGUAAUAAUCAACUUGAAUUUUCAUGUGACAUUUGAAAUAAAAUGAGUCAUAAUUGAAGUAGUUAUUUUCUAUCUUUUUCAAGGAAGCAGGAUGCAGAGCUGGUGCAGGCGGCAUGGAACACAUCUCAUACUGAACUGGGUUUGGAUGGGUUUUCUCCACAGGAUGACCUGGUGAAUAUUGACCCUUUACACCUUAAUAUCGGUAUACAUACUCUCCAUACUGUUCCCAAUGCAUUUCAUAAGGUGUUUUUGUUUAGCAAUCAAGAACCUCUACAGUUGGUAAUCGUCUUCUAUAUUCUCUUGACCUUACUGUUUGAUUCAGGGGUGAUAUUUUAACCCUUUAACUCCCAGAUCAAAUUUGUAAUUCUCCUUACUGUCAACAAUACAAUUCUUAUAAUGUUAGUUCAGAGAAUUUAGUAUUGGAUCAUCUAAUUAUUUCCAAAUUGAUGCUUUUCUUUAUUCUCAUCACUUACCUGGUGAAUACUGUAUUAAUAUUGUAAGGAGAAAUUUUGUCUUGGUCACUCAUGGGAGUCAAAAGGUUAAGGAUAAAUUAGAUGUUAGUCAUCAGGAUAAAUGUUAGUCGUCAGGAUAAACCCUUUAACUCACAGAAGUUAUUGAGAGGUAACUUCUCCCUAUAAUAUCCACACACUAUCUAGCAAACAGGUUAUAAGAAUAUAUAAACAUAUCACAUAAAAGUUGUUUUUCUUGAUCUAACACCAAAUUCUCCAAACCAAUUUAGAAGGAAAUGUGUAGCAGCUAGAGGGGAGAAUUAACAAUCAGAUCUUGGGAGUUAAAGGGUUAGGUAAUAGAAUGUGGAUUAGAAAUAAGAGGACAGUAGGUGACCCAGUAUUAUUUGAUUGUAUUAAUUACGAUAAUUACUUAAAUGUCUUGGCAUUUCUGAUAUUCAUACUUUUCAAUUUUAAGCCAGAAAUGUUUCUGGAUCCAGAUUGGAGUGGCGAUGCUGAGUAAGUUCAACAGAGUGAUGUGAAAACAUAAGGGUGAAAAUUAAAUAUUGUGUCAUAGUCUGUUACUUGACAAAAUCUCACAAUAAGCAAGUGCUACAUUGUAUGAACAGAAGAAACAGUUAUCUGAUUGGUUUAGCUGGUUGCACAAGUUUUAGGUUACACAGUCACACUGUUAUUACCAUCGUCAUCAUUAUUGUUGUAAUUAUCAUCAUUUUUGUUAUUUGUCAUUAAAACGUUACUAUAAAUCAAUGAUUUUCAUCAUUAUCAUUCUCACAUAUAUGGAUUACAAUCUCUUAUUUUCAAUACAUUUUUUGAUUGUCUAAUUUUUAUUGCUUCAGACACCUGAUAUCACACUGCAUUGACUGGUUGAAGUCCUGUCAUGUACUAACAGAACAGCUUGUUGCCCACACAAUGGAGAGCAGUGGAACAAUCAAGUCACCAACAGAAAUGGAUAAAAUUGUGACUGCAGCAAAGGAAAUUAGGCCAAGGUGAUGUACAGUUAAAGCAUCCUGUACUUUUCUUGAUGGCCUGGACUGCCUGGCAUUUUGAAACAGGAAACUUUAGUCGUGCAAAACAGUUCAGAUCAAAGCAAAAAAAUUGAUUGCAUUGAAUAACAUUAGCAGAAACAUACAUAAGACAUGCAAUUUGGUGCUUGUUUUAUUAUGCACAAAACAUCAUAAACGUGCAAAGGUAUUGUGUAUGCAUUGGCUAUUUACCUCUGAGCCGUAAAGUGUUGCAUAUUUCAGAUAAUCUGUUUUCCCAAUAUGGAAGGUAUUUGGUGACUCUUACCUUAUAAUUCCUGUUUUGCUAUACUUUGAAUAAGUUUGUGUUACGAUUAAAUACUCUCUUUUUAGGUUACUAACUUUUAUAAUCCUACAGGUUUUAGAGUUGUUGACAAGCGUCUGAAUUUUUGCUUUGUAAAGCAUGGUUGCCUAGAAGGAAACUGGCAAAUAUUACAGAAUGAUGUUCAGUUUUGCAAUCUGAAAAAUGUUUGUCUUCCAGAGUGGAUGAGCUGGUCAAAGCAAUGUACAUACCUUCAGACUCCAAGCAAAUUGAAGAGAAGUAAGAAUAUGACAACGUACGGGUUUUUCAAGGUCAAAAUAUAGAACCCUUGACAACUCAUUUGAGAGAUGAUGUAUUAUAAUACAUGAAUAUUUUAAUACUACUGUCAGUACCUUAACUGCCAUUUAAUUAAUGGGCUUUGAUAACAAAAUCUAUUUGGACAAGAUACAUGUGUAUGUAUGAACAUUGUGUAAGUGCUCAGACACAAUGUAAAACCUCCUUUUUAAAAUCUGUGAGCUCCAUUCAAAAGAAUAUUAAGAAGAUUGAAAACAAUGAGAAAAGCUUGCACUCAAGCCUUUUCCCACAUUUUGUUUUCCUAAUUCUGGUUUAUGGCACGAAUAUUAGCUAGUGAAAAUCUCGAGGGAUCUGGCUAUACUCAUUAGACAAGAAUUACCUUUUUGGUACCUUGGAUUUCCUCAAAACAUCUUUUGGUAAUUUUUUAUCGCUAGAAAUCCUCAGUAUAGUUGUUAUAUACUGUAGUCUUCAGAAAUACUCAGAAUUUUUGGUUAAAAAUUUCACUCCUGUGUCUUAAUAAAAGGUGUCAGUUGAGCUACAUGUACAUGUACAUUGUAUAAUGAAUCUGGAGACUGAGGAAAACAAGGAAAGAAGUCAAAUACUGAGGUCAUAAAUCUGUUCUUAUAUUAACUAUGAUUUUGUUUGAACAUGAAGGUCAACGGCUCUCUACAAAUCUGUCUGCCAGUUGCUUCAGGUAAAACUGACUUUUUGUUCACAAAAAUAGAUAUAAAUACCUAGUCUAUGCCAUUCAAACAUACAUGUACUGUGGUUCUAAAAGAUGGCCAUCUGUUGGUGCAAAAAAAACCCUUUAAAACUGUAGUAAAGAGGUGUCUGGAAAAAAAGCCCUAUGUGACUCCAGUUAGACUGCAAGAUCCUUCCAAAUUGUUUUGUUUAUUUAAAACAUAAGGAGAAUUUGAGGCCAUAUAAAAAUUUAAUGAGGGAAUCAUUUUGCACACCCCUUGAGUUUGUUGGUAUUGUGGUUUGUAUGUGUGUCCUGAUAUCUGAUGUGAUUGGUCAUGCACAUAAAUGUUAAACUUCUCAGGUGUUCACAAUCAUACUGUACUGUGUACUCUACCUUUGACAGUUUCAUUGCUCAUUCAACAUUAACAGGUUGUUAGAGGUGCCUCUAACAGACCAGAUGCACUUUCUUGGGCUGGUGAAAUUAUUGUUGCCAUAGAGAAACACAUGGAAGCAAUGCAGUCAGAAUGUCAGCCAGUGUGUUCAUCUUGCUCAUCUCUACAGAGCACAGCCAGCUCAGUGUCCUGCCUUUGCCAACAGUCAGUGGUAAUGGUCACAAACCAAGCCUAUUGCUGCCCAGGGAACAUGGCUGUGUAUUAACUAUCCUAGGGUUUGAUGCAGGCGGCAAACCUAUAGCAUUCAGAACAGAUAACCAGUAGGCCAUUUUACAGUUGUGUACUUAGUUGCCAAGCCUGUGAUUUGGAGUAAGGCUGAAGGUGACCUGGUUGUGAUAGAGGCCAGUAUCUAGUUUGCAUGAUAACAAUUAAAAUAAUUUACAUUUGAAAAGCAGCAAGGUUUGUAUCAUUGCCCUUAGUUUCACUUCUGUUCGAAGGCUUGGCAACCAAGCAUGCAGCUAUAAAAUGGACUAUUGAUUAUGAAUUAAUAUAAACUAAAUUAAGGAAUAAUUUUUUUUGUAUAAAAGUGGUUUUAAGCUGGUAACACCUCUGUCAGUAAUAUUAGAGUUUUGUAAUUGCUGCCUUUACAUUUUUGAUUGAUCUGUCAUACUGUCACAUCUGCAUUUCCACUUCAACUUUUUGUUCCAUAUUGUGCUUAAAUGUUUGUUACAUGUAGAAAUGUGUGAAAGAAAAUUCACAAAGUUGCUGGUAUAUUUUCCGAAGGGAAAGCAUCUAAUGACAAGACUUGUUUGGUACAGAAAAGUUUUGUCAUGCUUUAUGUCAUGGACAACUUGUUUUUCCAAGCAAAUCGCAAAAAAUAAUAAUCAUCAUUGGAAUGAUAUUAUAAUGAUUAUUAAAAUAGAAGUAUAAUAAUUAUGGUGCAGUUACAUGUGUAGCAAAAAUAAGAUAAGUGGACGUUUUAGUACUCAGUCUGUUUCAGUCUGACUCCCUUCUUGUUUGCAAUAUGUUUUGGCACUUACAGUCUGUACAGCAAUCUUGUUUCACUGAAAACUCGUGGAAUGAAAUGACUUUGAGUGAUUUGAUAACUUCUUGCCGGUUAACUAUCGUAAGGACCUGUAGCCCGAGACUUUGACCUUGCAAUGUGGAACACUUAGGUCGAUCAAUUUGCGAACCAUGGCUUCCAACGUGCCUCACGCACAGGCAACGGAAGAAGCUCAAGGACUCUAAGAAGAAACUGUGGAUUGUGUUAUGUUUUUCUUAACUGACUGAUGAAAUAAUACGUACCUCUCGCUUGCCUUCGUCCAUGGUGGCACUAUAUGGGGCUUUUGGGCAAAAAAACUUUCAGUGGGGUCUACGCUCUAUUAUGUCACGCAGACUUUAUUUUGGCUUGUAGCGCAAAAUUUUAUUUAACAUGAUCAGAUCCAUGAUCAGUGAUCUGAUCCGUGACCCGAUCCUUGAGCUGAUCCGUGAUCUGAUUCGUGAUCCAGUCCCAGAUCCGAUCCGUGAUCCGAUCCAAUCUGUUCCGAUCCAGAUUUUGUCGACGCCAAAAUAUCAAGGUCAUUUUAGAACAGUUCAGAAAUCACUCUAAAAGGUCAUUUAGCUCAUUUUAGCUUAUUUUAGGUCGUUUUAGGUCAUUUUAGGUCGUUUUAGGCCAUUCUUGUUUUAGAAACUGACGGCUUUGACUUUUAUCCUCUUUAAAUAUAGGUCAUAAUUAUUGCAAGACUUCAAUCUGUUGAUGUAACAAGGAAUAUAUUAUGCUUAACUCUCAGACAAAUGAAACAAAGUGAAAUCUCCAUCAUGGUACAGAAGAGGGGAGGGGUGAAUGAAGCCUGACUCGGUUUUUUGUUGUGUGUCGGUCUUUUGGUAAUGAUUUACCAUCAAUGAACAUUCUUUUUCUUUAUGCACUAGUGGAUUUUAAGAGCAUGGUUUUUACACGCUAGAUACCCUGACAGAACUCAUGACAUCAUCUAAAAAGAUAUUGCUUCAAAGAAUCAGUAAUCCAUGGAAAAUUUGAUUGUACUCAAUGUUUGCCUGAUAAUAAAUCAUAUCUCU